AUGGCUGGCCACAAGAAUUCACAGCAGGUUUGGUAUCAGAGACUCUUGGAACAGAUGUACUCCUACAAUUGUACUGAGACUGGAGGAAAACAAACUGUUGACCAUGCUUGCUUCGCCUCGCUUGUGAGUCAGGAUUACGUGAAUGGCACGGAUCAGGAGGAAAUCCGAACGGGUGUUGAUCAGUGUAUCCAGAAAUUUCUGGAUGUUGCGAGACAAACUGAAUGUUUCUUCCUACAAAAAAGAUUACAUCUUUCUGUCCAGAAACCAGAGCUAGUUAUUAAAGAGGAUGUUUCAGAAUUGAAAAAUGAAUUACAGAGGAAAGAAGCACUAAUUCAGAAGCACUUGGGUAAACUGCGUCACUGGCAGCAAGUUCUAGAAGACAUGAAUGUGCAACACAAAAAACCAGCAGAAAUGCCACAGGGACCAUUAGCUUAUCUUGAACAGGCUUCUGCUAAUAUUCCUGCACCCAUGAAGCAAACAUGAUUUAGAUGGACAUGUACAUUUAGAUCUUUAAGUAUUUUAACUUAAAGUGAAAUAGAGCAGUGGUCUUUCUACCUUGUAUAAUGAAUUGUAAUAUACAAAUAAAGUGUUUUACUACAUGA